AUGAAAAUCAAGAAAAAGCAAUCAAAUCUCAAAAACAAUCUAAUGAAACAUCUACUUCGAAUGUUACAACUUAUGAUAUUGAUCCGAAAGAAUUUCAAGAAUGCAUUGAUUGGGAAAAAGAAAUUCAAAAUCAUACCAAAAAACGAUCAUUCUCAACUUUAGAUUGUGAUUCCCAAGAAUCUAAAGAAUGCAUUAAUUUGGAUAGUAAUUCAGAUGUAGUUCAAGUUGGUAUCAAUAGUGAUAAAAGUGAAAGGAAAGAUGCAAGGUUAACCAUUCCAUCAUAG